UGGGUGAAAUAGUGAAGUUGGGAUCGAAGGUGAGAGUGGGUUCUCCACUUGACUGAGAAAGUAGCGCCGAAUAGCUGUGGGAGAGAAAGGAAGUAAAGCUUUUGAUAAAAGAGUACAAACGCUAAUUAGAGAUCACAUUAACAACACAAAACCAACGCAGAGGCUUUUUUUUUUUUUUACAGAAGAAAGAAAACAAUCAUGGUGCAGUGGCAGAGGCAUAUUUUCCCUAUUCUUCGUCGCAUUCAUAAGGGACUGGAGCCUGCCAAUCAUUCGGCUACAAACCUUGCACUUUAUCACUCUCGCUCUUCUCUUUCACAAGGUCAGUUACAGAGGCAAUGGUCAAUAGGUGUGCCAAGUAUCUCAAGGCCUUUUGAUCAUCGUUUUCAAUAUCAGGGAAUUUCAAGCUCUACCCAGUUGCUAAAAAAUUCAUCUGAGGAAGCACCUAUUUCAUCGCCUUUAGUUCCAGUUUCAUCAUUCGGUAGUUCACAAGGUCAAGAACAAAAUAAGAAAGCAGAUAAAGUUCAAGCAAUUUUAAAGAAAAUAAAGCAGAGUCCAAAGAAGGUCAACUUGGUUGCUGCUUUGGUUCGUGGUAUGCUUGUUAAAGAUGCUUUGCUGCAGUUGCAAGUGUUAGUAAAGCGGGCUUCAAAAACUGUAUAUCAGGUUAUUCAUUCAGCCCGAGCAAAUGCUUCUCACAAUCAUGGGUUGAAUGCUGAUCGCCUAAUUGUUGCUGAAGCAUUUGUGGGAAAGGGAGAUUUUAAGAAGAGAGUUUCCAUCCAUGGCAAAGGAAGAUCUGGAAUCAUGCACAGACCAGAAUGUAGGCUAACUGUUGUACUAAGAGAGAUUACCCCUGAAGAAGAGGCACAAAUUGCUAGGCUGAAGGUUCACAACUUUAAGAAGCUAACUAAGAAGGAGGGAAGACUUGUGCCACACCAGCUUAUUGAGACCACUCCUGUUUGGGGACGAAAAAAUAAAUCUAGCAGUCAAAACGAGACCACUCCUGUUUGGGACCGAAAAAACAAAUCUAGCCAUCACAAGACCACUCGUGUUUGGGACAAAACAAAAGCAAAUCUAAGCCAUCAAAACGAGACCACACCUGUUAGGGGCCAAAAAAACAAAUCUAUCCGUAGGGGCCGAAAAAACAAAUCUAGCCGUCAAAACUCAAGUGCUGCAGUUGCAUGAGCCUUAUUUAAUUGCAAGUUUCAUGGUUUGAUUUAUGUUUAUGGCAUAUUUUUGUGCAAUAGAUUGUUGUGCAUCAUGUUGAAAUUGUUGAGAAAUAUGCAGACCAAGGUUUCAUACCGAGACUAGUUCCAAAUGCCUAGAUUAUGUAUUAGAAUUUUGUUGCUCCUUGUUGCAAAUAAUAAAAUUUUGUACUUAACCAUGAUCGGUAUUAUUCUCAUUUAUCAGCUUUGUUUU